AUGGCCCAACUUCAAACUCAAUUGCCUCAAGGGUGUGUCGGUGUUUGGGUGGUUAAUGAAAAUUGCCACAAAACAAAUAGAUGUCUCUUUGGUAGCGUCUUUAUCAGUUACCGAUACAAAAUCAUUGGGAUCAUCCACAGAGCCGUGGGCUGUAACGCCAUUGUCGAAACUGUCUAUCCUCCACUACCCAAGGGAUCCCAACAAAAAUGCUGGAUUAUGCCAAUGGAUCACGAGAUGUAUUAUUUGGAGCAGAUUGGUGGCUUUUCAAUUGGACUGCCAUUUAUGAUUCGACCCAAACAAUACAAUGAUGAUGGGCGGCUUAAACCUCUCGUUGAUGUGUUUGGCUUUGUUAAGCUGAGCGUUAAAGGACCCGACAUCGUGCAGCCAUCAUUCAUGGAUGCAAGUUGCUUCGAACGGCUCAUACGGGAGCUCCAGCAAAAUAAGCUACUGCUAUCCAUUUCACGUCAACCCAAGAAAUCCCAGAAACUCCAAUGCCCAGUGCCAACAUUGUAUGUUUAUGAGACAAAGGAAGGUUCAAUGUCAAAAGUCCAACGACCCCAUCUCUACAGUGUACAGCUUGGAGUUUCCAAAGGCACUGAUAUUGGUGGCAAGCAUUGUCGAAAAAAAUUUAAUUCUAUAAGAGUUGCAUGGAUCACAAAAAAGGUCGCUGAUAAGCUUUUGAAAGUCUGGAAGGGUGAAUGGCACUGUUGGAAAAAGGUAGUGCAUUGGGUCGUACGGAAUUCAAAGCACAUCGACACAUACCUUGUUCCCAAUCUGGCUGAAAUUGGUGCUACUAGUGGGUUCCGUAUCAAAUCUGUGACACGUGCUGAGUUUGCAGGUUUAAAAGGUGCUUCGUUUCAUCAUGGCACUAAGUUAUUCCUGUUGGGAUCGGAACCCAGGGACCUGUCACAUCGGAAAUGUGUCGGUAGACUUAUGAGUUGUUGGGGUUUCGACAAACGGUUGACUUGUGAGCAGAUCACUUACCCAGGUGCUUCAAUUAUGGUUGAUUGUAUGCAUCGUGGCAUACCACGACCAAGUGUUGGGCAUUUUGGCAUGAAUGCCUAUAACAACAAGAGAUUCAGCACAGCAUACGUUGCCACCCCACUGGAGGCAGUUGAAGACAAGGGUGACCUGCAAAUGCAUCGGGCUGAAUUUGCUGGGCAUGGAAUGAGGCCUCAGCUCAUUCGCAUGUGUCAUGCGCUUGAAACCGCGGCCUUGCAAUUUGCUCACAAAAUGAAUCCUGAGGGUAUGAAUCUCACAAAGCAUCUUUCAGGUCUCAACAUUGCCACAUGUGGGUUUCGGGAUUGUAAAACUGGUCAAGCCAGGGAAGGUCAGCCACCUCAAAAGAGACAAAAAAUCCACAACAAUCCACAGUCCUGGGAAACACGUGUGCCCUACUCACCUCGACAGCUGGUUUAUGGCUUUGCCAACACUGGUCAUAUUGAUACCAAGGAUCAACUCACAGAUGCUCAGCAGAAGGAGCUACACAAAAAUGCAGUGGAUUCCCAGGUCAAGUUGAGGCAAUUUCCAGGGCUUCCCACCACAUGUGCCUGGCAAUUCGUGUUUCGAAACACAGGAGCAUCUCAGCAUCUGAAGAUACAUCAACAUUUUACCAUGCAUGGCUUGGGAGUCGCGAUGCCAAUCCAGCAUGGGCUUGGCCAUCAUUUCUAUGGUGGCGUCUUUGAGCACAAUACCAGUCUUUGUUUGGUUGAACGCACAAAAGAUGGCUUGGUCUCUCUUUCUAAUCAUGAUGAUCAUUUUAUUCUCUUUGCUUGGGGCAACAGCAAAAAGAUCCCCAGAGCUGAGAUCCUAGCAUUGCUACAGGAAGCAGCUGAGCCUUUGGCGGCUUACGGCCAGGCACCGCCUGGCAAUAAUACUGCUGUACCUGCCGCAGCUUUGCCACCACCACCCCCACCACCACCGCCACCUGCAUAA